CAACUUUCACUCACUCUCAUAAACACAGAUACAUAAACACAAACAAAAUAAAAAACACGUCAUGUGUGGACACGUAAGCCCCUCCAUAGUCUCCGGCGAUACCUGUCCAUGUUUCCUAUACUCCGAGGACAUAGUGGCACCUCCUCUGCCGCAUGAUAUUGAUCAUCAUCAUCUGUUCCUGCCUCCGCCGUCUCUUAUGAUGAGCCACCACUCACUAUUUGCGGCCGAGGCAGUUUCAGGGUUUGGUUACUUUGGUUCUGGCACUAACAGUGGCGGCGGAAGCAGCAGCUGCGACUCACCGAGCUCGAUGGGGAGCGGCGGAGAUAGUUUUAUAACGCAGAGGAGUGUUAAUAGCCAUAAUGGCUUUAGUGGUAAUUUACCGACGACGGUCCACGAUUUCGUUAACGAUCAUGAUGGGCCAGUGAGACGGGCCCUUAGCGCCGGAGAUCCACCGAGGAGUAGCAGAAGAGAGAGCAGCGUGGUGUGGAGUGAGAGCAAUGCAAUAAUCGAAGGAAUGACCAAAGCGUAUAAGUAUAGUCCUGAGGAGAAGAAAGAAAAGAUCGAAAAAUAUCGUAGCAAGCGCAAUCUUAGGAAUUUCAACAAGAGGAUUAAGUAUGAAUGCAGGAAGACAUUAGCGGACAGUCGGCCAAGAAUAAGAGGAAGAUUUGCAAGGAAUGAUGAGAUGUCACAACAAGAGCAAGUUGAUGUAGUUGAAACCGUGGUUGGAGAUGUUGAUACCUGGGCAUCUUUUCUUGAAUCUUUCUCUACUAAUCACUUUCUUAAUUAAUUUCUUUAGUUAUGUUUAUGUUUUUCCUAUAUAUGUUUAUAUGGCACUUAAUUAGCUUGCACCAUGUUGCUAAACUCAUAUAGGUUUUUAGUACCAUUGUAAAUAAGAAUAACAUAUUUUGUA